UCGGUUAACUGUCAAGGUGACAUUUUAGGGAAAACACGCAAAAUUCUCCGUGAAAUGCCCAUAUGGGGUUCUUCGCCAGAUUUCGACCUGUCCUACUAACCGUAGAGGCCUGCCGUUGCUUUGCCCAAGAUCCAUGUUUCGAGAAGAUCAAAAGAUCCUUUGAGUCAAUCGGUUUCAAAUGGCAAGAGGAGCUCGUGGACAAGCUGAAGACCUCCUCUAACCUGGACCGGGUAACUUCCCUUAUAAUGGACAAGGCCUUUUUUCUUCCAGACCGUUUCGAGAUCCUCAUCGAUGCCAGAGGAUUUCGUCCCGAGGACAUCAAGUGCAUGUUAACGGCGAACUCGCUGGAAGUGUCCGCUCAGAAGGAGGAUCGUACGGAUAAUGCUCAGAAGCGCAUUUCCUUGACCCGACAGUACGUCUUACCGCAGAAUGCUGUUCCAGAGAAGGGCCAAUGCUGUUUGUCCUCGGACGGAAUGCUUCUCGUUACAGCCCCAUGGCUUAGAUAAGCACAAGUUAUUUACUUGCCAAUGGCUGGUGGACACGCCAUCGUUUUUUUUUUAAUUAAAAACUCCUUAAUAUAUCCAUUACUACUA